GAAAGAAAAGCCCUUGGCUCCAAAAUGGCAUCCGGAGACGCAAAGACAAGAGUCAAGCGUGCCCACCUCUGUGCCAUGAGGCUGUCCUUGGAGGAGGAGGAGCAGGACGGGGAGGAUGAGAACUACUGCACCCCUGGAGCCUUCGAGCUGGAGCGUCUCUUCUGGAAGGGCAGCCCCCAGUACACGCACGUCAACGAGGUCUGGCCCCGACUCCAUAUUGGUGAUGAGGCCACGGCGCUGGACCGCUACGGGCUGCAGAAGGCAGGUUUCACCCACGUGCUGAACGCCGCGCACGGCCGCUGGAAUGUGGACACCGGGCCAGACUACUACCGCGACAUGGCCAUCGAGUACCACGGCGUCGAGGCCGACGACGUGCCCACCUUCGACCUCAGCAUUUUUUUCUACUCGGCUGCAGCCUUCAUCGACUCCGCGCUCCAAGACGACCACAGUAAGAUCCUGGUUCAUUGUGCCAUGGGCCGAAGCCGGUCAGCGACUCUGGUUCUGGCCUACCUGAUGAUCCACAAGAACAUGACUUUGGUGGACGCCAUCCAACAGGUGGCUAAGAACCGCUGUGUCCUGCCCAACCGGGGCUUCCUGAAGCAGCUCCGAGAGCUGGACAAGCAGCUACUGAAGCAACGGCGACAGGCCGGGCCAGAGGACAGCGAGCCGGGGCUGUAGGGGGCCUCUCCAGGAAAGCUUGGAGACCCUGGUACCCAGAGCCAGAGGCUGAAGGGUGUCUGCACCGAGGCUUUGUUGGUCACAGAGCUGGAACAGUGAAAACAAAGGCUGGGCGCAGUAGGAGAUGCCCGCUGUCUCCUCUGUUUCUCUGCCUCACAGUGGGCCGGCCAGCUGCAGGAAGAACUGGGUUGGGAUAAGGUACCAC